AUGACUCCAUUGCAUCCUUCAAUUGCUGGAAGAAAACUUUCAGGAUUAUCAAGAUUUGUUCUAAAUAUUUUGAGUUUCUUGGAUGUAUUUGGGAAACUGAUGAAAGCUUGGAACUGCACUGCUAUUACCUUGAUCCCUAAGGUCCCAGCACCAGCUCAGGUGAAAGAUUACAGACCAAUAGCAUGUUGCACUACAUUGUACAAGAUCAUUGCUAUGAUAGUGACCAACAGACUCAAGAAAGUGAUAGAGGCUAAGAGAGGGAUAAGGCAAGGGGACCCAAUGUCUCCCUAUCUCUUUGUCAUUGUAAUGGAAUACCUACAAAUCGAGAUGAACCAGUUGCCCAUGAUCAAAGAGUUCAAGGGUGACAUAAGUUCACUCACCAUACUUCAGGAAACCUUUCAAAGGUUUUCUGCUGCAUCUGGUCUACAGGCAAAUACAGACAAAAGUUCCAUCUAUAUUACUGGGGUUUACAAGGAUCUUAAAGAUACAUUGAUAAGCUUAAUAGGAUAUACAGAGGGCUUCCUACCAUUCAAAUACCUGGGAGUACCCCUGUCUACCAAGAAGUUAAAUAUACAACAGUGCUUACCAUUGAUCUUUGUACUUCCCAAGAGGAUCAUGAGGCUGAUUGAAACUAUAUGCAGAACCUACUUGUGGACUGGUACAAGUGCUACAUCUAGGAAGGCCUUAAUAGCAUGGGAGAAAGUCUGCCAACCUAAGGCUGUUGGUGGCCUAAACAUCAUCAAUAUGGGAAUGUGGAAUAAAUCAGCAAUUUUAAAACAACUAUGA